AAUACUUAACGCGGAAGAAUAUAUACAAGGCCAGAAGGCCAAUAUAUCUUUUACCUGAUGACCGUACAAGUUCAUUCCUAGAAAUAUCUUAGUGCUGAUAACACGUUUAAAAAUGUUUAAACUUUUCAUUAUAAAUGUAAUUACUGUUUGCAAAUGUUUAGUGUUAUUAUCAUCGAUUUUAAUAACGGCUUCGAAACAGGACACGAAUAUAAACGUCCUAGAUUUAUCGGCAAAAUAUGGUCACCCUGCCACUUCCCACGACGUAACAACCGAAGAUGGAUAUAUACUUCAAUUAUUUCACAUACCGGUACAAACGCAACAGAAACGACCAGUGCUGUUGAUGCAUGGAAUGACUGACACAGCCGAUACUUGGUUAGUCAGAGGCAACGGUUCUUUGGCGAUCACUCUAGCAAAUGCUGGCUACGACGUUUGGUUAGGCAACUGUAGAGGCAACAGAUACGCUCGACGGCACACGUAUCUCGAUCCAGAUAAAGACUCCUCGUUCUGGGACUUCAGUUUCCAUGAUCAUGGUGUUUACGAUCUGCCAGCAAUUAUUGAUAAGAUUUUAGAAUUAACGGGAUCCAAGAAAAUUGAUGCGAUAGGACAUUCUCAGGGUAAUACCAUUUUCUACGUCCUGGGAUCGAGCAAACCAGAAUACAAUGCAAAAGUAAAUCUCAUGAUUGCUCUUGCCCCAGUCGGCUAUCUACAUAACAUCGGAUCGCCUUUGAGUGAUAUCUUCAGCAUUUUCCCUAAGUUAAAUAAAAUUUUGAAAACGUUAAAUGUUCACGAAUUAUUUAACAAAAAAACACUGCCAGGAAAAAUAUUAAAUGUCGUCUGUUCCUCCGACAUAGGAUACGAAAUGUGCGUUGAAAGAUUUCUUUUUGAAAUAACUGGAUUCGAUCCUGAAGAAUUCGGACAAGAUUUCUUUGAAAUUAUCAACACUUAUUUUCCAUCCAGUACUUCAAGGAAGAACAUCGAUCAUUUUGCACAGGUUUACAAUAGAAAAAGUUUCGCGAAGUACGAUUAUGGCUAUAGAAACAAAGCGAUAUACAAUGCAAGAGAACCGCCGCAAUAUAACUUGGGAAAUGUUACAAUGAAGAUUGCUUUCAUCGUGGCAUUAAAUGAUAAGUUAACGCCGUUAAAAGAUGUCAAUAUUUUAAGAAAACAGCUACCAAACUUAGUGAACUACACUGUAAGUCCACGGAAAACGUUUAAUCAUAUCAGUUUUGUGUGGGGUGAGAACAUGGAUGAAUAUUUAUUUCCGUUUAUAUUCGAUUUACUAAAAACAUACAAUUGAUAAUCUAUACCAGUAAUUAGGAGACGUUUUUUAGUAAUACCUAACUUAAUAAACGACUAAACCAAUACGUAUAAAACUUAUAAC